AUGUGGCGCCACCAGGAGGAGCGCCGUGCCCCCCGCGAGGAGCGCCACCAGGUGAGGCACAAGUCCCUGUCCCAGGCGAGGCACCACCCCGUGUCCCGAGAGUCGAGCCGGGACACAUUCACCGAGCUGGGGCUGGAGGACGACCUGAACGACCACCGUCCAGCCCCGAGGCGGGACAGGAAGAAGGGGGUUGCGAGCGACAGCUUUGCGGAGGGCUUCGUCGGGCUGAGAUUGGCGAGCUGGCGCACUGGAUGCAGCGGCGGAACCGCACAGGGCCCAUCGUGCCGCUCCACGAUCCUGAUUGUGGCCGCCGUGUGCCUCGUGGCCUCCUUCGUGCUCGUUCUCUUUUAUCAGACGGGCCAGAGUGCCGUGAACCGCGCGGCGGGUGAGGGCGGUUUCGAGCACGACCGCACCCUGGAGGUGCCCAUGGAGCCGCUCUCUGACCCAGCUGCCAGCCUCUCCGUCACAGCAGGGCGAGGAGCGGACUGGCGCGGCUCCGAGGCCCCGGUGUUGUCGGGGGUCGGCGCUGUCGGGGCUCAGGCGGCGUUGGCGGUAUCGCCCUCUCCGGCCCCGGUGGGAGACCUCGCGGAGCAGAUGGCCGACCUGGCGCCUGUCGCCGAUGCGCGUCCGACCACGGCGCCGACCACCACGCCGGAGGAGAGCUCGACAUUCGAUGACCUGAAACCUCGAACUUCGGCUCCUUCUUGGGGCCUCGUCGCAGGGGAGGACAGCACCACCAUGCCGAGCACAUCUGACUCGGCCGCGGCCGUGUGGGCGCCAGCCGCCUUGGCCUCGGGGCCCCCGACAUUGAAGGACUGCGUCGCCGCGGGCGUGAAUUGUCAGGUGUCCCGCUGCUGCACGGCUGCUGGAGAGCGGUGCUACGAGAAGAACAGCACGGCCGCGUUCUGUAAGCCAGAGUGCAGGGCUGGCCCAGACAUGACAGAAGAGGAGUUUUCCGUGUGGUCUUGCAAGGGGCUCGGGCCGCGCACCCCCGGGACGGGCGCCAACUUCAAUUGGACAAAGAUGUUGGUGCCCGAUUGGGUAGAGAGCAGGUGUUCGCAGAUUGGCACGAAUUGCCACGACACGCGGUGCUGCAGCGAGCCCGGCAUGCAAUGCUACGCAAAGGACGACACGUUCGCAAGGUGCAAGACGGCGUGCAUACCUGGCCCCGAUUUCGAGGACUACGAGGACGGCACGCCAUGGACCUGCCUGGAGGUCGGCCCGCGCACACCCGGCCAGGCCCUACCCAAUGUGUCGGACAGGCCGCUGCCAGAGUGGGUCGCAGGGAGUUGCGCGGGCAGCGGGGAGAUCUGCAGUGAUAGGCGGUGCUGCCGCGAACCUGGCAUGCAGUGCUUCGAGAAGAACGAGGGCUGGAGCACUUGCAAGCCAGAGUGUAUCCCGGGCCCGCAGCCGGAGGACCGGGCGGACCACAAUUGGACUUGCAAGGCGCUUGGCCCGAAGACGCCUGGCGUCGCGGAGGCCCCUGUGAUUCGUCGGGGCUCCUUCUUGGUCGUUGGCGACUGGGGCUGGGACCCAAGUGCAUCGGGCAUCACCCAGGAAUGCCAGCUCGACAUCGCGGGCGCGAUGGACAGCAAAGCGACCGAGCUCGGGGACGUCAAGUUUGUGAUCAAUUUGGGAGAUUCCUUUUACUCCGCAGGCGUUGAGAGCAGUGUCGACCCUCAGUGGGACACGAAGUGGCGCGAGGUAUAUAGCCCGCAGCUCAGACAGGUACCCUGGUACAGCGUAUACGGCGACCGAGACUACCGAAAGGACCCCUGCGCCUGCACCAUGCAGGACGAGGAAUGCGCCCAGGUCAACUUUGACAAGGACAACCUGGAUCGGUUCCAGAUGCCAGGCACCAGCUACUCCCUCGAGUACCCGGCGCUGGGCAUCGAGCUCGUGGGGUUGGACCUCAACGAUUUCCAAAAUGGCGCCGACCUCGGGACCAGUGGAGUGGAGCAGGCCAACGCGUUCCAGGAUUGCUUCAAGACCACCUGCUCCUUCAUGUGUGCGGGGACCAUGAAGAACCGCACGCAGAGGUCUUUGAACUUGUUCUACGAGCGCGUGAAGAGUUCAAGGCAGAAGUCGCUGGUGGUCUUUUCCCACUACCCGACCGACUUCCUCGUCUCGUCUCCGGAUUUCCUGGAGACCCUCACGCCGGAGGGUACAAAAAUCGCACCCACGCCACGUCAGGCCAGACCCAGCCUGGACUCGGGAUCGGUGCGUGUGUGGCCAGGAAGACGUGUGACGUGGAUCUUGAAUCCAGGACGGGUUUGGCCAGGUCUGGUGUAG